CAGUCGGCCCGCGGUGCACGAGUCGCCAGCAUGACUGACGCGCUGCUGCCCGCCGUCCCCCAGCCGCUGGAGAAGGAAGGCGACGGCUACUUUCGGAAGGGUUGUAAUCCGCUUGCACAAACUGGCCGGAGCAAACUGCAGAAUCAAAGGGCAGCCUUGAACCAGCAGAUCCUGAAAGCCGUGCGGAUGAGAACAGGAGCAGAAAACCUUCUGAAAGCAGCCACGAACUCCAAGGUACGGGAGCAAGUGCGCCUGGAACUCAGCUUCGUGAACUCAGACCUGCAGAUGCUCAAGGAAGAGCUGGAGGGGCUCAACAUCUCAGUGGGAGUCUAUCAGAGCACAGAGGAGGCAUUCACAAUUCCCCUGAUCCCGCUUGGCCUGAAGGAGACUAAGGACGUUGACUUUUCAGUUGUUCUCAAGGAUUUUAUCCUGGAACAUUACAGUGAAGAUAGCUACCUAUAUGAGGAUGAAAUAGCAGAUCUUAUGGAUCUGAGACAGGCUUGUCGGACGCCCAGCAGGGAUGAGGCAGGUGUUGAACUACUGAUGAGUUACUUCAUCCAGCUGGGUUUUGUGGAGAGUCGCUUCUUCCCGCCCACCCGGCAGAUGGGAAUCUUGUUCACAUGGUAUGACUCCCUCACCGGGGUUCCGGUCAGCCAACAGAACUUGCUACUGGAGAAGGCCAGCAUUCUGUUCAACAUUGGAGCCCUCUACACACAGAUCGGGACCCGGAGCAAUCGGCAGACACAGGCUGGGCUGGAGAGUGCGGUGGACGCCUUUCAGAGAGCCGCAGGAGUUUUAAACUACCUGAAAGAGACAUUCACUCACACCCCGAGUUACGACAUGAGUCCCGCCAUGCUCAGUGUGCUGGUCAAAAUGAUGCUCGCACAAGCCCAAGAAAGUGUCUUUGAGAAAAUCUGCCUUCCUGGGAUCCGGAACGAGUUCUUUAUGCUGGUGAAGGUGGCUCAGGAGGCUGCCAAGGUGGGAGAGGUCUAUCGGCAGCUGCACGCAGCCAUGAGCCAGGCGCCGGUGAAAGAGAACAUCCCCUACUCCUGGGCCAGCCUGGCUUGUGUGAAGGCCCACCACUAUGGAGCCCUGGCCCACUACUUCGCAGCCACCCUCCUCAUCGACCACCAGUUGAGCCCUGGUGCGGAUGAGGACCACCAGGAGAAGUGCCUGUCCGAGCUCUACGACCACAUGCCUGAGGGACUGACGCCCUUGGCCACGCUGAAAAACAGUCACCAGCGCCGACAGCUGGGCAAGUCGCACCUGCGCAGAGCCGUCACGCAGCACGAGGAGUCCGUGAGGGAGGCAAGCCUGUGCAGGAAGCUCCGCAGCAUCGAGGUGCUGCAGGAGGUGCUGUCGGCGGCGCACCAGCGGGCCCGGCUCAAGUACGCCCAGCACCAAGAGGACGACGAUCUGCUGAACCUGGUCGACGCUCCCGACAUUCUCUCUAAAACUGAGCAAGAGGUUCAGAUUAUACUGCCACAGUUCUCCAAGGUGGCAGCAAGCGACUUCUUCCAGAAGCUGGGCCCUUUAUCUGUGUUUUCGGCUAACAAGAGAUGGACACCUCCUCGAAGCAUUCACUUCACUGCAGAAAAAGGGGACUUGGGGUUCACUUUGAGAGGAAACUCCCCAGUUCAGGUCCACUGCCUGGAUCCACACUGCUCUGCUGCGCUGGCAGGAGCCAAGGAGGGGGAUUAUAUUGUUUCCAUUCGCAAGGUGGAUUGUAAGUGGCUGACGGUGAGCGAGGUUAUGAGGCUGCUGAAGAGCGAGGACGCCCUUGAGAUGAAGGUCGUGAGCCUGCUGGACCCCGCCUCGUCCAUGCAUAAUAAGAGUGCCACAUACUCUGUGGGGAUGCAGAAAACCUACUCCAUGAUCUGCUUAGCCAUAGAUGAUGACGAUAAAACUGGUAAAACCAAGAAAAUCUCAAAAAAGCUUUCUUUUUUGAGUUGGGGCACCAACAAGAACAGACAGAAGUCGGCCAGCACCUUGUGCCUCCCGUCGGUUGGGGUUGCGAGGCCUCAAGCCAAGAAGAAGCUCCCCUCUCCUUGCAGCCUUCUCAGCUCCGACCGUUCUUUGUACUAAUGUGAGGACAAAACGUUCAGGCCCGAAACACUUUCGGUGCUGACGAGGCCUUCAUACUUGUGCCAUAAUGGAAAAUUUCUAAACAUUCUCAAAUCCUGUUUUCUCACAGCAUCAACUUACAAUUAAUAUGUCUUUAUGAAGGAAAGUAACAAGAAACCUCUAGAAUUGUGGAAAACAAACUUAUUCGGGGAGUCUCACCGUAUUGCUGCAAUUUAUUUAUUAUAUAGAGUAUUGUAAAUACAAUAGCGUUGGAAAUAUGACUAUUUUUAACAGCUACAAUUGUGACUUUUAGUUACUAUCCCAGUUAAAUUGGGGUUCCCUAUAUUUGUAAUAGUUUCCAGGUUUAGGUAAUAGAUCAUUCCUUGACUCAGAAUUCAGAUGACCCCAAAUUAAGGCAGGUCAAGGGACCAUACUAAUAGAUUUCAAUUAGUGUCACUAAAAACUGUUCCAAAGAGCUGCUUCCUAAGGGGAACUUAUUAACCUAAAAUGACAAGAUUUUACUAUUAUUUCUACUUAAUAUGAAUGCUAAUUCCAGAUAAAGUCUAGCGCCAAAUUUGUCAUGAUUUACUAGAUCAAAAAACAAGUGAAGCAGCAGCUUUUCUUCGCGUUUCAUGUCAUUUAAAAGUUGCUAACACAGUGGCAGUGUUAGGUGAAGAUGCUGUCUACAAGGUAGAUUAAUAUACUGUUUGAUACUCAAAACAUUCUUCAUUUUGUUUAAAGUAGAAGGUACGUAAUUGUCUAUUUUAAGAGUCUUUAAUGUGGGUUAAAAACAUUUUAUAAGGUAAAGAUGUGAUUCAAGUUUAAAGCUCUAUUUGACUUUUUAAAAUGACAUUCUUACCAAGUGAUUUCUCUUGCUCUAAGUUGGAUGACACCGAGAUUCUAGUAAGAGUCACUGUGGACAUAGUACAAGUUAUAUAGCUACAAAAAUAGAGCACUGAAAUCUAAUCUUGCGAAUUAACAAGAAUUGAAGUAUUUUCUAGUGUGCAAUAUCAGAAGGGAAGCAACCACAUUUGAGAAAGUGUAUCCACUGCUCUUAGGGCCAUUUUUGUAUAAAUAUUUAAAUAAACACAUUCAUUUGCUUCA